AUGGCCACGCAGUGUGUCUGGGAUGCUCCAGGCUUGGCUGUGUCCCUCGGUGGCACCGUGGCAUGGCCACGCAGUGUGUCUGGGAUGCUCCAGGCUUGGCUGUGUCCCUCGGUGGCACCACUCAACUGUGUCCCUCGGUGGCACCAUGGCGUGUCCACACCGUGUCUCCGGGAUGCUCCAGGCUCAGCUGUGUCCCUCGGUGGCACCGCGGCACAGCUGCUCCGUAUGUCGUGGCCACUUGGGGCUCAGCGUGGCACUUUGCUGUGUGUCCGGGCAGAGCACCCCUGCCCUUGCGGGAGCAGCUGCCACCUCGGGGACAGCAGGGUGGCCGGUGGCACGGGGCCAGCAAGGGGCCACGUGCCUGGGCAGCCCAGCACACACCGGGCCGGCGCAGACGGGGGGGACCCACUCCAUGUGCCGGCUGCUGGAGCCAGACAGUUGUUUAAUUUCCCAGGCGGGCGGGAGGGGGAUGGAAAGUUUCCUGGGGCUGCCGGGGCUGGGACGGCCGCACGCUUCCUGCUCCGCACCGGCGGCAGCGUGGCCUCGCCGUCGCUGCUGUGCUGGUGGUCCCUGAGCCGUGCCAUGCUGCCCACUGUGCACCGCUCGCCGGGGGCUUCGCCGACGGCAUCCCCCCACAAUUCCCCCCGCAAUUCUCCCCGCAAUUCCCCCGUCCUCUUCAGGAAGCUCCUGAUGAACCAGAGCAUCCGCCUGCAGCGGCGCUUCACCGUGGCGCAUCCCCUCUGCUUCGACCUGGAGAAUGGCCCCCCGGGUCGGGGUCCGCUGGACCCCCAGGCCAGCCCGGGCGCGGGGCUGGUCCUGCAAGGCACCUUCCCCCACGGCCAGCGCCGCGAGUCCUUCCUCUACCGCUCCGACAGCGACUACGACCUGUCCCCAAAAGCCAUGUCCCGCAACUCCUCCAUCGCCAGCGACCUGCAUGGAGAAGACAUGAUCGUCACGCCGUUCGCCCAGGUCCUGGCCAGCCUCCGCACCGUCCGGAGCAACCUGACCCACCUCCAGGACCGCACCGGCAUCAAGCGAGCGUCGAGCAGCAGCCUGCCCUCCGGGAGCAAGGCCAGCCUCGCCGAGGAUGCCCACCAGAAGCUCUCGCGGGAGACCCUGGAGGAGCUGGACUGGUGCCUGGACCAGCUGGAGACGCUGCAGACCAGGCACUCGGUCAGCGAGAUGGCCUCCAACAAGUUCAAAAGGAUGCUGAACCGGGAGCUGACGCACCUCUCGGAGACCAGCCGCUCGGGGAACCAGGUCUCUGAGUACAUCUCCAGCACCUUCCUGGACAAGCAACAUGAGGUGGAGAUCCCCUCGGCGCUGGCCAAGGACAAGGAGAAGGAACGGAGGAAGCGCCCCAUGUCCCAGAUCAGCGGCGUCAGGAAGCUCACGCAUGGCUCCAGCCUCGCCGCCGCCGGCAUCCCCCGCUUCGGGGUGCGGACGGACCAGGAGGGGCUGCUGGCCAAGGAGCUGGAGGACACCAACAAGUGGGGGCUCAAUGUGUUUAAAGUUGCCGAGUACUCGGGCAACCGCCCGCUGACGGUCAUCAUGUACAGCAUCUUCCAGGAGCGCGACCUGAUGAAGACCUUCCGCAUUCCUGUCAACACCUUCAUCACCUACAUGCUGACACUGGAGGACCACUACCACGCUGACGUGGCCUACCACAACAACAUCCAUGCCGCCGACGUGGCUCAGUCCACCCAUGUCCUCCUCUCCACGCCCGCGCUGGAGGCUGUCUUCACAGACCUGGAGAUCAUGGCUGCCAUCUUUGCCAGCGCCAUCCAUGAUGUUGACCACCCCGGUGUCUCCAACCAGUUCCUCAUCAACACCAACUCGGAGCUGGCGCUGAUGUACAACGACGCCUCGGUGCUGGAGAACCACCACCUCGCCGUGGGCUUCAAGCUUCUCCAGGAGGAGAACUGCGACAUCUUCCAAAACCUGAGCAAGAAGCAGAGGCAGUCACUCCGCAAAAUGGCCAUCGACAUGGUACUGGCCACAGACAUGUCCAAGCACAUGAAUCUGCUGGCGGACUUGAAAACCAUGGUGGAGACCAAGAAGGUGACCAGCCUGGGGGUGCUGCUGCUGGACAACUACUCUGACCGGAUCCAGGUCCUGCAGAACAUGGUGCACUGCGCCGACCUCAGCAACCCCACGAAGCCGCUGGAGCUGUACCGGCAAUGGACAGACCGCAUCAUGGUGGAGUUCUUCCGCCAAGGCGACCGGGAGCGGGAGAAGGGGAUGGAGAUCAGCCCCAUGUGCGACAAACACACCGCCUCCGUGGAGAAGUCCCAGGUGGGCUUCAUCGACUUCAUCGCCCACCCGCUGUGGGAGACGUGGGCCGACCUGGUACACCCCGAUGCCCAGGAGAUCCUGGACACCCUGGAGGACAACCGGGAAUGGUACCAGAGCAUGAUCCCGCGCAGCCCGUCCCCACCACCCGAGGGACCCGGGGUGUCCCCUGCCCCCACUGACAAGUUCCAGUUCGAGCUGACGCUGGAGGAGGAGGAGGAGGGUGAGUCGGACACGGAGUUGGAGGGGGCUGAGAGCCCCUUGGACGAGGACAACAGCGGCUCCAAGACACCAGCCACCGAUGACUCGGAGUUGGCUGACACCGAGCACCUGUCACCUGGCCCUGGGGACAGGGAUUCGCCUGUCACCCGCCCCAGGGAUGUGGACAACCGGCAGGCACUGGAGGGCACGCUGCCGAAAGACGGCGGUGGCGGCGGACACUCGGCGCCGGGGCCCGAGGGCAGCCAGGGGCUGUGCCUGGACACGGAGGGCAACGUCACAUUCCUGCCCCUGGGCACGUAGCGGCACCGGCUGGUGUGUCCCCUCGCUGCCGCGGGGACGUGGGACUGGGCACUGCCCCGGCAAGUGCUGCGGGCAGUGGAGAGCUGGCUGUGGGCUGGCAGUGGAGAGCACUGGCACUGCAGGGACCAGGGCGACCGCCGGGACACGGAGGGAC